AUCGACCAGACAUCACACUGAUAGACAAAGUACACCAAGAAACAUUUAUAAUAGAUGUUGCAGUACCAAACGACACCAAUGUAAUGACAAAGGAGCAGGAAAAGAUUACAAAGUACUUACCAUUGGCCAUAGAAGUAAAAGAACUCUGGCAACAGCAUAAGGCAACAAUAGUUCCACUCAUCAUCUCAGUCACAGGAGUUACUAUCAAAAACUUUUUGCAACAUUUUAAAAAACUUGACAUUACCCAUACUUACACACAAAGAUACAAAAAGCAGUCCUUCUGAAAACGGCAUCCAUAACUCGACCAUUUCUACAGCAAUAGAUAUACUCUACUUUUGACUUGGUAAUUACCCGUCAUCUGUAGGUCAACCGCAUAAAGCGAGAAAAAGCUAAAAUAAUAAUAAUAAUAAUAACCGAUUGCAGGGAGGAAGCUUUCAUUGAAUGCGCAGAAUCCGUGAACGUAGACGUAUUUUUGGCGGAGUGCAUUGAAAACACUUGCAAUUGCGUAAAUGGAGGAAAAAGCAAAGACGAAUGUCUCUGCCAAGCAUUGGAAAAUUUCGUUGUUCAAUGCGAAGCGCAUAAUCCACUAAUAGAGCUUUGGGAUUGGAGAACAAAGUAUCAUUGUCCGACGAUCUGCGAACCCCCCUCUGUACAUUACGACUGUUACAACAAGAUUUGCGAACCGACCUGUGGCAACAUCUACAGUUGUCCUAAAGUAGACGAGUUCUGCUUCCCGGGAUGCUACUGUCCACCGGGCUACGUGCGAAAAGGCAAAGAGUGCGUGGUGCCAAACGACUGUGAAGACUGUGUUUGCCACGUGUUACCCCACUUGAAGUAUAUUACAUACGACAAGGGAUCAUUUACUAUUGAUGGCGAAUGUGAGUACAUAGUGACUCAGGAUAUACCCGACGAACAAGGCGAAAAUACCUUCACUGUCUUCGCGAAGAAUGCCAAGUGCACUUAUGACAAAACCCAAAUUUGCGUUGAACACAUCAGAAUCGUGUACGAAGACAAAGAAAUUAAGGUUCAAAAGAACGAUCUCGUCGAUAAGCCCGAUAUCUUGGUGAACGGCGUCUCUGUAUCGGACUUCAAUACGGAUUGGGCUAAGAUAGAAACCGAGCCCAACAAAAACGUCCAAGUUAGACUACCAGAAGUACCGGCCAAGGUCACCAUAUUCUAUCCCUCGCUCUCCAUCACCGUUGCGCUUCCGUCGGUUAAGUACGGCGGCAAACUGGAGGGCUUGUGUGGAAACUGCAACGAAAACCCACACGACGACUUCGUUAUGCCCAACAGGACUAUCGCCGAGACGAACGAGCAGUUUGGCGAGAGCUGGCUUUCCGAUCAGAACAAGGAGGCGGACUGCAAAAUUGUGCCACCGGUCGUUUGCGAAAACACCGGUGACGUUACGUGCAAAAUUUUGGUAUCCGACAGAUUCCAAGAGUGCAACGCAGAAUUAGAUCCGAACCUCUUCUUUGAAUGGUGUAAUGAAGACAGUUGCCAUGAUAAACCCAUCGUCGUGUGCGACGCGAUUGAAGCGUAUGCACGGGAAUGUCUCACUUUAGGAAUCUGCGUGGAUUGGCAUUCUGAAUUGUGUCCGGCCUCGUGUCCCUCAGGCUUAGAGUAUAAAUCGUGCGAGUCCAGCUGCGGACGAACGUGUGACAGUUUGGAUAAUGAAAGUUGUUCCGAGCUCAGUAUCGAUGGGUGCUACUGUCCCGAGGGCCAGGCGUUACUUAAUGGAACCAGCUGCGUGCCGAUCGACAAGUGUAAAACAUGCGACGCCGAGGGACAUUAUCCUGGAGACACUUGGCAACCUGACAUCUGCACGACAUGCACAUGUGAUACUUCCAAGGUGAGCUGUACCAAAGUAACAUGUCCUUCGACCGAAAACGUAUGCCAGGAUGGUUUCGAAAUGGUCACAGUUCCCGCGCCGGACGAGUGCUGCGACAAAUUCCUCUGCGUGGCAAUCACAACAACCGCCAGGCCUUGCGAUCCUCCGGUGCAAAUACCUUGCGCCGCAGACCAGGCAGUAAAACUAAUAACGAAGUCGGACGGCUGCGCGCAAUUUGUCUGCGAAUGCAAGCCACCCCAAGAUUGUCCGGCUCUUCAUCUCGAAACCUUACCGGUACCGGAAGUUGGCGUGGUCAACGAAAUAGACAAUAGCGGAUGCUGUCCCACGGUGAAAGAAUCUUGUAAGCUCGACGCGUGUCCGCCAAAACCUGCAUGCCAACAGUUCUAUACGGUGGUUUCGAAACAGGGCGCCUGUUGCGAAUUAUACUCUUGUGAACCUCCAAAAGAUCAAUGUAUCGUUGCUUUAAAGUAUAAGGACGGCGAAGUUGGUGGUGAAGCAAGAGUACCGCAAGAUGAUGUUACAUUGGUACUAAAAGAAAAGGGCGAAAGUUGGAAGGAUGGACCGUGUCGUCGCUGCAAGUGUAUCCUAACUCCAAGCGGUGCAUUGUACGAGUCUUGUACAAAAUCCGAUUGCGCACCGCCUCCUGACGAUUUUAACUACAAGUACGAGCCAGUUGGGGUACCCGGAGAAUGUUGCCCGAUAUACAUGCAAGUCGGAUGCGUUAUCGAUGGACUCGUCCACGAGAUUGGUGACAUUUGGACUGUCGAAAACGACUAUUGCGUCACCUUCCACUGUAAUGAGACUACCACCGGCGUAGAGACAGUGAAGCAAGUGAAACAUUGCGCGACAAAAUGCGAACUUGGAUCCGAAUACGUUGCCGCGUCAGAUGAGGAUAAAACGUGUUGCGGCUCGUGUAAGGUGGUGGGGUGUGUCAUGGACGACGUGGUUUAUCCAAUUGGAGAUGAGUGGACAUCUGACGAUCACUGCACUGAUUACGUUUGCACGAACGAAACCAAUCUGGUACAUAUCAAAUCCAAUACGAUAACUUGUCCAAAAAUACCCGAUGAUAUUAACGCUAAUUUUGUGGUCGAAGAGGUUACAGUACCGGAAUCCUGCUGCAAAGAAUUCAGACCAACAGCGUGUAAAGUGGACGGUAAUGUGUACCAGAUUGGAGAAAGCUGGCCGUCGCCGGACGGUGACAAAUGCAAGAAUAUUACGUGUAUUCAAAAUGCUUUGAACCAUGUCAAAAAAGAGGUAGUGACGGAGACCUGUAAGACCGAGUGCAAGCUAGGUUGGGAGUACGAGGAGUCGAGCUCCCAGUGUUGUGGAGCAUGCGUACAGACCGCUUGUGUCAUUGAUAACGAGCUGAAACAGGUGGGCCAGCAAUGGACGUCGGAAGAUGGCUGUUCCGUUUCCAGCUGCGAACUUCUGCAAGGACAAUUUUCGAUUAUGACCACGACAGAGUCUUGUCCCGACGUUAGCGAAUGUGCUCCGGAAAAUCUGUACCAGCUGGGAUGCUGCGAACACUGCAACGUGACCACGGAACCCUCGCACAACUGCGUCGUUCAACCACUUAAUCUGGAAGACACCGUUGGCUUAAUUGUCGAAACUAAUGAUCACGGGAAUUGCGUGAAUAAAGGCGAAUUGCCUGGCAUGACCGAAUGCGUUGGCGGCUGCGAUUCGUCCACCAAAUAUAACAAACUGGAAGCGCAGUACGAGUCCCAGUGUUCUUGUUGUCAAGCUGAAAACUACGAGACAAUUUCCAUAGAGUUAGACUGCGAAGAUGGAUUUGUUUUAAAGAGACAGUUCGCUGUCCCCUCGUCAUGCAGGUGUAUGGAGUGUGGCCUAGAAUAAAAACCUUUCAGUAAGCUUCCACGUUUCAUAAGGCAUAGGUAUUAAAGUUAUACUAUAAUGUGAUAAGUAAUAAAUGUAAUAUUAACAUU